AUAAAAUUUAUCUCUUUGAAAGCUCUUGGCGUUUUUUUCCUGCGGCAAAUUUCCCUCAAAAAAAAAAAAAAAUUAUCUGUUUCUGUUUACUUCUCGAAAUAUGGUCAUAGCGAGUCAAGAUGAUACCGCGUCCAUGGAGUUGGAGACCAUGCUGAAUCGCAUGCAGAAAUUGGUGCUGCAAUAUGUUCGGGAUGGUCAGUCGACCGAUCAAGCCGUAGUCGAGUAUCAUAGUCCUGAUCAACUUUAUAAAAGGAUCGAUUUUGAGUUACCCGACGAAGCCUCGGGUAUCGAUGGUACAUUUGAUCUGAUUAAGUCGACUUUACAAUACAGUGUGAACGCGUGGAACCCGAGGUUUAUGGAUAAAUUAUAUGCUUCGACCAAUCCUAUUGGCGUGAUAUCUGAGUUGCUACUGGCCGUGCUCAACAGUAAUGCACACGUCUACCAUGUGUCCCCCGUCUUGACCCUCAUGGAAAUCGAAGUCACCAAGGCCACCGCGAAAUUGCUCGGCAUGGGUGACAAAGGAGGUGGAUUGCUGUGUCCCGGCGGCUCGGCAUCCAAUUUAUUGGCCAUGAUCACGGCUCGUAAUACGCUCUAUCCUACCAUCAAGACCGAAGGUUACAUGCCGCGUCCCUUCAACCCCGCCGCUGACUAUGGAAAACUCACCAUCUUUACCUCGACCCACAGUCACUACAGCAUCUCCAAAUCAGCCCAAGUCUUGGGAUUAGGCAGCUCAAAUGUCGUUCAAGUGCCGGUCGACGACGACGGAUGCAUGCACACAGACGCCCUGGCCCAACUUUUGCAAGAGAGUAUCGCGAGAGGUGAGACCCCCUUUUUCAUCAAUGCCACCGCUGGCACGACUGUUUUGGGAGCUUUCGAUCCAAUUAGAGAAAUUUCUGUCAUUGCCAAAAAAUUCAAUUGCUGGCUCCACGUGGACGGCUCUUGGGGAGCUUCGGCGGUAUUUUCACAGCAUCUCAUGGCUACUCAAAGCUGGUUAGACGGAUCGGAACUGGCUGAUACCUUUACGAUCAAUCCCCAUAAACUUCUUGGCGUACCCUUGCAAUGUUCGAUGCUACUUACGCCUCAUCAGGGCCAUCUUUUAUUCGCCAAAGCCAAUUCUCUGAAAGCGGAUUAUCUUUUCCACGGCAACCCUUACGAUUUGGGAGACGGUACGGUGGGCUGUGGUCGACGUCCCGAUGCGGCCAAGAUCUUCUUGGCAUGGAAGUUUUACGGUCGCGAGGGCUUGGGCCAGCGUGUCGAACUGGCUGUUUCCAAAGCGGCUCAGUUUACCGAUCUCGUGCGACAACGAUACUCUCAUGGCUUUUUGCUGGUCAAAGAUCCAUGUCCUUUUCUACAGAUUUGUUUCUGGUUCAUUCCAUCAGGUUUACCCAUCGCGACCUGGAGACAACAACACAUAUACGACGACAAGCUUUCAAGCAUCACCCGCGAAAUCCAUCGACGAUUGAAUGCUUCCGGCCAAUUCAUGGUGGAUCAUGCUCCGGUGAAGGAUAUCCCCGACUUUUUCCGCGUGGUCAUUAACGCACCCUCUGUCAAUGUGCACCGAGACCUGUCACUUUUAUUAGACGCCAUAGAAACUAUCAGCAAGGAUAUCGAUUGGCUCAAUUACUUGUCCAGCUAAACUCUAGACCAUGGCAUCUGCAAUCGUUUCCUCAUUCUAUUCAUAUCCAUCCUCUUGUUUCUUCAAAAAGAACUUCCAUUAACCA